CCGAAAACCUCGGGAACAGGCGAUCAUCUUUUUACUGCUCUACGAUCCCCUACGGGCUAUGGCCCUAUUUCUACCGCCACGCCCGUUCUUCUCCCCGCGUGUUCGAGUCCAUCUUCUUGUGCCAUCCAACCCCUCGUCCGUAGAUCGAUCGCUGCUACGCGCCUGCAUGCUGACGGUUCGGCGCCGCUGAUGCGAUGAAGCUCUCGUAGCCCGACGUUAGCGAGAAGACGGGAUCGCACAAGUACUGGUCUCGGCCAGGUGUCGAUUUGGUUCAACCGAGGGAGCACCUGUGCAUUGCUAUAACAACAAUGCUGGAUCGGGUUGCCAUGUCAGCUGAGGAUUCUGCCCUGGCUGAAGAUUUGCAGGUUGAAGAGGUUCUCCGGUUCUCAAUUCAGUCGGGGAAGGCCUGUGCAGUUUGCAAAGAAGGCAUCCGAUCAUUGGAUGCCUCGUGGAAACCUGAAAAUUGUGACCAUGUCAUCUGCAUUGCCUGCUUCUGCCAGUAUGCACCUGAGACUGAGGCCACUGGACUGCCCAGGUGCGCGGUGGCAUCUUGUGAUUCUUUGUGCAAUACAGAGACACAUCAGGGCACCAAUGUGCCUCGGUGCACUUCGAUCUCGAUUGAAGACAUGGACCGGAAAGGGAAGAAACCACUAGGUAGUAGUACAAUUCAAGAGCUUGGUCAAUGCUCUCGAGGUGCGAGCACAAAUAUCAGCAGUGAGUUAUACUGUGCCAUCUGCAUGGAGACAGUGCACAUCGGAGAGUCCUUUCCCGUGGAUGGAUGUACGCACACAUUCUGCAUCAGUUGUGUGAGCCAGUGCAUUGCUGCGAAGGUUGAGGAGAAUGUGCUGUCUAUCGGCUGCCCUGCCCCGGGGUGCAAGGAUGGUGUGUUGCACCCAGAUGCAUGCCGCGACGUGAUCCCGGCGCAGCUGUUCCAGAGAUGGGGUGCUGCGCUCUGUGACUCGUCAUUGGGGUCACUCAAAUUCUACUGCCCCUUCAAGGAAUGCUCUGCUCUGUUGGUUGAUGAUCCUGGGCACGGUGAGGAGGUGAUAACAAACGUGGAGUGCCCACACUGCUGCCGGAUGUUCUGUGCCCAGUGCAAGGUUCCAUGGCACGCCGGUGUCACUUGCGCGGAGUUCCAACGACUGGGGAAGGAUGAGCGGGGCAGGGAGGACCUACUGCUGAGGAAGGUCGCGCAAGAGAGCAAGUGGCAGAGGUGCCCCAAGUGCAAGAUAUAUGUGGAGAGGAUCGAGGGCUGUGUAUUCAUCAUCUGCAGGUGCGGGCACUGCUUCUGCUACCUUUGUGCAUCCCCAAUGUCUAGGGACAACCAUUGUUGCAAAACCUGCAACCGAACCUGGUGAAUGACUUGAAACCGCCAAGCUCUACCUGAAGGAAAGAAACUCUCAAUAACUAGUAUUUAUGUAUUUAUGUGUGAACUGCUAAGUUCUACCCGUAGAAAAGAAAUCCUUAACUAGUAGUAUGUGUUUAGAUGAUAAGUUGCUGUUAUGACUGUUUCAGUUGGCACUGGCUUGUUGCACUAGUAGCAAAUUGGUAUUCCACGUUGAUGUUCUACUUCUUGUUCUCGUGAUCUCUCUCA